AUGAGUUUUCGGUUUUCUCCACCUUCAUUCUACAGUUCACAUGAUGAUUUUCAGACACAGGCGCAAAGCACUUUUGACAAAUUUUCUGAAAGUGCUAAUUCCACUAUGAAAUGGGCACUAGUAACGUCUAUUGUUCUUGGAGUGGUGGGAAUGAUAGCAACUGUAGCAAUAGUAUAUGCCAUUAUUGAUUGCUUGAAGAAGGCAGGAACAGCAAUUCCAGCUUACUCCCAGCUUUCAACCACAGAGAAGGAUCAUAAAGAUUCUGAGUCAUUUCCUUCAAGCAGCAAAAUCCAAGUAGUAAUACCACCAGAUUCAAAAGCUGAAUUUGCAACUAUGGAAAAAUUCCUAAGCAACAUCAAUAGAGAGAAACCCAUAAGAUUCUUACCUGAGCAACUUGAUGACAUUACAUGGAACUAUUCAAUCAUAUUGGGUUCUGGUGCUUUUGGGGUUGUCUACAAAGGGGAAUUGUCAAAUGGAGAGCAUGUGGCAGUAAAGGUUAUCAACAGUUUGGAUAUGGGAAUGGAAGAGCAAUUCAAAGCAGAAGUUGGCACCAUUGGAAGAACUUACCAUAUCAAUCUAGUAAGACUUUAUGGCUUCUGCUUCCACCAUGACAAGAGAGCUCUUGUUUAUGAGUGUGUGGAAAAUGGGUCUCUGGACAAAUACUUGUUUGGCAGCCAGAACCAUGACACUGAGUUGGGGAAGCUUCAUGAGAUUGCAAUUGGAACAGCUAAAGGAAUUGCUUAUUUACAUGAGGAAUGCCAACAAAGAAUAAUUCAUUAUGAUAUUAAACCAGAAAAUGUUCUUCUUGACAUGAAGUUAGAGCCAAAGGUAGCAGAUUUUGGCUUGGCAAAGCUUUGCAGCAGAGAAAGUAACAAUGUAGUGAAUACACACUUUAGAGGAACCAGGGGAUAUGCUGCACCAGAAAUGUGGAAGCCUUGUCCAGUGACUUACAAGUGUGAUGUUUAUAGUUUUGGUAUUCUUCUCUUUGAAAUUGUAGGGAGAAGAAGGCAUUUUGAUUCUAGCUUCACUGAAUCACAGCAAUGGUUCCCAAAAUGGACAUGGGAUAUGUUUGAGACUAAUGAAUUAGCUGUAAUGCUUUCUCUUUGUGGAAUUGAAGAGAAAGACAAAGAGAAAGCUGAGAGAAUGUUAAUGGUUGCUCUGUGGUGUGUUCAGUAUUCACCAGAUGAUAGACCUCUUAUGAGUACUGUGGUGAAGAUGUUAGAGGGUGAAAUAGAUAUUUCUCCACCUCCAUUUCCCUUCCCAAAUCUGGGGUCAGGUAAACCAAACUUGACUCCACAGGGAAGCACUGAAGAUUCGGAUACUACAUCCUCAUGGCAGACACAAUCUUUUAGAGAAUCUGGUUCCAGAACCAAGCACAAUACGUUUCAGAUUGAAAAAUCUAUUUAAUGGUAUCAUAACAGUACAGAGAUAGCUGUAAAAGAGAAAUUAAUAUUUAAUUAUUGUACAUUUAAAAAAAA